AUGGUUCCAACCAAAGGUUGCGUCGGAUUAACAUCUCUUGUGAGGUGGUCAUUGUUGUUAUUAUUCGUGGGAAUGAAUGAUGCUCAAGUCUUCCAUAACUCAUUGGUUGAUGUCAGUUUUCCUGGUGUAUCUACACUUUGUCUCAAUGCGUUGAACAGCUCUGUUUCUUGUAAUGAUAGCUUUCCGACAGCGAUUUGGACUCCUGGUGUAUAUCUCGACGCUGAUUCUUUGGCAUCACUUUGCAUCCCAGCAUGUAAGGAAUCCUUACAAGUUUACCAAGCAUCCACGAAAAAAGCUUGUACCUUCUCCGAUGUAUUUGUUUCGGGUGAGGAUAAUUUGGCAUACCCAGCAUCAACUUGGCCUGACCGGUAUUUAUACUAUUAUGAGAUAUUAUGUCGGAGAGAUGUUACUUCUGCUCAAUUUUGCAGUUUAGUAUUUGACUCAUGGUCCACACCAACUGCGGGAAUAGUAGAGCAAGAUUGCUCUGAUUGUGCACUUGGAAUCCGACAACUCGAGCUUGGCUCACCAUACGGGUACUUUUCUGAUGCAGCUGUCGAUUUCGCGUCUACCACAUCAUCUUGUGGCAAGACAGGAUAUCCUUACACAUCACCAACUGCUAUCGCCCUCAACAGCUCAUCGAUCUCUUCAGUCACAGCCACGCCAACUCCUUGUGCCACCUCAUAUACUAUAAAGAAUGGAGAAGAUUGCAAUUCAAUCGCGCGGACUCAAAACGUAUCCACAUUUUGGUUGCUGUACGAGAACAAUCCCCAGCUCCUGGAGAAUCCCAUAAUUUCCGCUGUGCUGGGAGACAUCACCUUGACACAACUCAGCUCUUGGAAUCCAAAUAUCAACAAAGCAUGUGGUAACCUAGACCAACUUUACGGCACGGAAUUAUGUCCCCAAUAUCAACAGCAACUGCACAAACAUAUAGCCGGCGAAAGCUACUGCGUAGAAGCAGUAGGCUCUAUAUCCACGUAUACUUCAUUUCAGAAAGCCACAAUUACAGCAAAUCCUUGCCUCCAAGCAUCGCCGCUCUCGACUUGCUUGCUGCCGAUUGAUAUUACUCUCUAUCCAAGUGCACCGUAUUGGAGCGAGGGGGCCUCCGUUGUUGGAAACAAAACGAUAAAAUGGCUGGACCCUGUAGCUUCGGACACGAUUCCCACCUGUUACGAGUAUCGUGAAUACUAUUCCUUGAACACCACUAAUGCUACAUUUCUUGAAAUUGAAAAAGGCAUCAAUGAAUACGUCUGGGUAGCAGGCAUAGAAGAAAUCACACUGGCAAACUUCCUGUCAUGGAAUCCAUCGUUGGCAGCACAGGAUCCCAUGAACUGUACUCUUUCGCCUGGGUAUCGCUAUUGCAUUCAAAGAUAUAAACCCACUCCAACCAUCGUCCCAACAUCUACAAGCAUCUACAACCCAUUCAUCGCUGCUACCGCCACGGAUGCCCCACCUGGAACAGCUAAAAAUUGCAACGCCUAUGGGUCCAUGUACGGCGGCGAUAUAGAAGACAUCACGUGCGAUGAUACUCUCAAAUUUUAUGCCAUCGAUUUGUCAAAGUUUUACGCUUUGAACCCAUGGCGCCGCGAGCACACACCAGCACCUACUAAAUCGGGCAUCGUUUCUACUUGCAGCGAAUUCUAUACCGUCCAGCCAGGUGAUACGUGCCCCAGCAUUGAGCUUCGAUAUGGGGUUUUGUUCGAGCAAUUCCUUGCCUGGAACCCAGCCGUACUUCAAAAUUGCACGCUCCUAAUAAUUGGGGAUUCUGUUUGCGUUUCUGCGCCUACUACAGCUUCUAACAUACUCACAAGCACAAGUGCAAGCACGACCACUCCCACUGAGGUUGCGUUUAUUGGUUGA